UGUUGUUGCUAUUGCUGUUAUUCGACCUGCGCAUUCGACUGCGCAUUGUGUGGCGGACGGCAACGCCAACAACUCGCCGCAACGAGGCGCGCUUGAAUCGCCCCACACCGCACUCCUGGCAUUCGACCCAGAACGCCUUCACGAUCCUCAACGAAGAGGGACUCUAGAAACUCAUCUUGAAGUCCCUCCUAACCGCUACUUUUCUUGCUAUAAUUACUCAACGCGUCAUGUCUCGAAUGUGGGAGGUCGACCCGGAAACGAGAACCAAGCUCCUCCAAAUCUCCAAAACCAACGGAAACGACAGAUGUUGCGAUUGCAACGCACCAUCGCCCCAAUGGGCCUCCCCUAAACUCGGGAUCUUCAUCUGCCUAAACUGCGCCGGCACACACCGCGGCCUUGGCGUACACAUCUCCUUCGUCCGCUCAAUCACCAUGGACGCCUUCAAGAUGGGCGAAAUCCACCGCAUGGAACAGGGGGGCAACGAGCCCUGGAAGUCGUUCUUCGAUAACCAUGCGAUUACACAAUCCGAGGGACGGACAUUUGAGGAUUCUACGAUCAAGGAACGAUAUGAGGGGGAGGUCGGGGAGGAGUGGAAGGAGAGGUUGUCGGCGAAGGUCGAGGGGAGGGAGUAUGUCCCUGGACAGCGGGAGGUCAAGAAGAAGAAAACCCAGGCAGCGACUGGUCAGGGACCGGGUGCGAUAAGCAAUACCGGACCGAGAGGAUCUUCACCUGCUCUUAGUGAAGGGGGGUUGAAGAAAGAGCGCAACGAGGCGUAUUUCUCAAAACUGGGGUCCGCAAAUGCCACGCGCUCUGAGUCUCUGCCUCCGUCGCAGGGUGGGAAGUUUACUGGUUUUGGGGGUGGACUGCCGCCGAGUUCACCGGCUGGGUCGAGGGGCUCGUUUAUGGGUGGUGCUGGUGGUGCUGGUGGUGCUGGGACGCCUGGGUUGGAUGACUUUCAGAAAGAUCCUAUGGGGACGCUGACGAAGGGGUUUGGGUGGUUUACGUCGGCUGUGGGGAAAAGCGCGAAGACGGUGCAUGAUUCGUAUAUUCAGCCUACGGCGAAGCAGCUCGCCGAAUCCGACCUCGCAGCCCAAGCCCGCCUACAAGCCGCGCACCUCGGCCAAAACAUCCAAGUCGGCGCGCGCGGCGCCGCGGACCAAUUUAACCGCUUCGUCGAGGGACAGGACGAACAUACCUCGUCGUUAGCUAGGCGCCGCGGCGAACCUGAGCGGAAGGACUUUUGGGAUGAUUUUGCGGCUUUGGGGGCGGAAGAUCAGGGGCAGGGGCAGGGGCAGCAUCGGAGGAGUGCGAGUCGGUCUAAUGCUAUUGGGACGGCGGCUAUGAAGCCGGGGGCUUCGACGGGUACGGGGACAAGCGGGGCGGCGUCCACGGGUGGUGCUGGAUCUGGAUCUGGAUCUGGAUCUGGGAGUGGUAGUGGUAGUGGUGCUACUGGGACUGCGAAGGGGCAGCAGCAUGAGGAGGGGUGGGAUGAGGAUUGGUAGAUUAUACUCUUGUUUUGUAACUAUUGGCAUUGUAUUUGGUACAUUGUUUUGAUGUUUAUUCCCACUGUUGUAUACAGAGUUGGACAUAGUAUCAUGGAGGAGUAAUGUGACCUUCAUAUUCUUGAAUAUUCUCCAUCAAUGUAUUGUUGUUCGAC